AAUAACUGUCAAAAUGAAUAUGAUAACGCAUAUUCUGAAUUUUUUGAGAUAGAUAGUGAUGAUGAAUAUUUCAUAAUAAAAUUCGAUAAUGAUAGUUAUUUGCAAGCAUUAAGUUCUUUAGAUAAAAAACAAGAUGAUUUUAUCCUACAAAGUGAUGCUGAAGAAGAGGAUACAGAUUUAGAACAAGAAGUGUGCCAAAAAAAAGAACUUUCACAAAUAAUAGAAGUAGAUUCCAAUAAAAAAUUAACAUCCUGUGUAUUAAUAGAUAAUAUCGAUGGCAAGAUUCAAAUAUGUGAUGCAAAAAAAUUGCAAUAA